AGUGCUUGCAGGAACAGAGAUUUUAUAAUAGCACAAUCAGAUUUAAAACAGAAAAGUAUUCAGAAUAUAAUAGCUUAAAAUCUAAUUAAAAGCAGUAUCAAGGAUUAUUUUUAGGAAUAUUUUUUCAAUGUAUUAAAAGUUUCAAAACUGAACUGAGUGACAUACCCAAAUGCCGAAAAAUUGGAUGUUGUCUUUAGAUAAGCAUUGAAACAGAUAUAACAGAACGAAAUGGAAAAUAAUUUCACAGUUCCUGAGGACAUACGUCUGAUACAUAAUAUAUUAGGCACCAGCUUUUCAAUUUUGGGAUUUUUUGCCAAUAUUGUGACAUUAAUCGCUAUUUUUCGGUUUCGCCUCUACAGAGACAUUUACAUAAUUUUCAUUAUUAAUCUUGCUGUAAUCAACUGUUUGUCGAGUGGAUUUUCUUUAACUUAUAUUGCAUAUCAAUCAUUCACGGUAGAUUCAGCCAUGCUGCACACAACUAUAGUGUGUAGAUUCACUGGUUAUAUUACUUAUGCGUUACUCGGAACGGAAAUUAUUGCUAUCAUACAGAUAUCAUUGAAUCGGUACUUUCUCAUAGUACACUUGGACCUAUACAGGAAAAUUUAUACUUCAAAUCAAAAAGUCAUUGCAAUGCUAGCAGGCUCCUGGUUUAUCUAUUUCAUCUUGGCACUACUUCCGUGCACCGAAGUUUGGGGAAAAUUACUCUACGAUCCUACAAGAUUCAUCUGUCAUCCAUUUCUGGCACAAGACAGUUUCACCAAAUUUUUCAACAUUUUUUCUAUCAGUAUCUCGGUACCGCCUUUAGUGUACUGCUAUAUUGCAAUUAUAUGGAAAGUUGUUUCAACAAGGAGGAAAGUAAGACCAAGAAGAGUGUCGACGGUACGACCAUCAAAAUCUCAGGUCACACCACCGACCAAAAUGCCCGUAACAAUCAUAACAAUUCUGACAGCCUUCAUUCUACUAUACGUUCCAUUUUUUCUCGUUGAACUGAUGGACCCUUCGGGACAAAAAUUUGAUCCAAAAAUACCUGUAAUUACAGUUUAUGUUGCUUGGAUACAUCUUGUUUGUCAUCCUAUAAUCUAUGCAGUGUUAAACAAGCAGAUACAAAAAGCUCUAGUGAAAAUGUUCAGAUGUGAAAAACAAACUAAACAAGCUACUGUGUUUCCAAGAAGAUCACACACGAUCAGUACUAUUGCAACAUGAAUAUUGGAGAAACAUUUGGAUCUUAUAAUUACUUUGACAGUUUUCACUAACAUACUUUGUGUUAAACAGUUUUAUUUUAGUUAAUGUGUGGAUUCCUUCAGUUUAGUGAUCUAGGGUAUCAAUUUUUCUAGGACUGAGGAAAACUUGCCUUUUCAUGGAUAUUUGAUUUCAUUGUUAUGCUUAAGUCUGCUUACAACCAAAUAGGAAAAAUUCAAUUUGUUGAAAAUUUAAAUUUGUGGUUCACCAGACAUUCCCAUGAAAACCAAGAAAAAUUGAUAUCAGCAAAUAAGAUAAUGAAUCCACAGUACUAUAAGAAACAUGCCUUCUUUAUAAUUUAUAUGUAUUUUUGUAUUAACUAUUUUUAUGUCUAACUACACAUAUUGAAAUCAUUAGCGUACAACUUCAAAAGUAGGUGAAUUCUUGAUAGACUAUGUCAUAUUCAAUUCAAAAUGGGGAAGUAAACUUUAGAGGUAAUUAAUCUAAUCAAAAAUAACAAUCUAAUCUUAUUAGGUCACAAAUCUGAAGUAGCAAACUGAUUUGAUAUUUAUAUAUUUCGUGGAAAUAAUUACCAGGUAAUAUGAAAUCAGUUUUCUCAUUUAUAUAUUUCCUGGAAAUAUUUUAUUAUAAAAUCAGUUUUAUCAGUGAAAUCACUAACUUAUCCCAUUUAAUA